GCCCAAAUGCCAAGACAUGGGAAAGACAAUGACGUAACUGAUAAUUGGAGAAAGCAUCACCACUUAGAGGUAGCAACACCAACGAAAAACACAGUCCAUAACUCGCCGCGUUGAAUACUUACCUUCCUGAGUUCCUUCCCAAUGGCCCGUCACCGUCCCUGGACAUUUGACAAAGACAUGGUGCUCCUUCCCAAACACGUGAGGAGUGUUGGUCGUACGAAAAGCUCCGGCCCAAUCAUUGUAAGCCAUUUACAUAUGAAUGACGAUUGUAGCUUCUCAGUUCGUGUACUAUCGAGACAACUUGCGCCGAAAGUGCAUCAUGGAGCUGUCAUGAACUCAUUAUGCAGUCCUUUGCAGUCGGUCUGGCCAUGCAGUGACAGCAGUUGACACUUGAUACCGAGGGAAUAUAAACAACCACCUUCCCUCGAGUCCCACAGUUGAACCAUCCCAACGACAACACCACCACCAAGAAGCUCGUCACCAUCACGAAACCCACCAACAUGUAUCGCCUCGCUACCCACACCGGCUUUAGACAGGUCCCCAGAAGCAUCGCCAACAGCGCUGUCCGCCCUGCCCUGGCAACCCCACGCUUCGUCCAGCCCAUCGACGUCCGCGCCAUCUCCAGCUCCUCCGGCUCCUCCGGCGUCAGGGUCUCAGACCGCAUCAAGCACGACCACGCUGAGCUCGAGCAGCAGUACAAGAACAUCAUCGCUGCCAAGGAUGACGACACCAAAGUUCGAUGGCAGAACCAGUUCAUCUGGGAGCUUGCCCGCCACUCCAUCGCCGAGGAGAUUGUCGUCUACCCUGCCUUCGAGAAGUUUGUUCCCAACGGCUUGCAGAUGGCCGAAAAGGACCGUGCCGAGCAUCAGAGGGUCAAGAACCUCCUUUACGAGUUCCAGAAGAUGACUCCCUCAUCUCCCGACUUCCGCCCCACCCUCGACAAGCUCUGGGAUAAUCUCUCCCAGCACAUCAAGGAGGAAGAACGCGAGGAUUUGCCCGCUCUCGAGCAGCAUAUUGACGAGGCCUACUCGGGCAAGCUGGCCUCCAGCUUCAGCACCACCAAGCACUUUGUGCCUACACAGAGCCACCCCAGCGCUCCUAACAAGCCUCCCUAUGAAACCGCGGCUGGUAUGCUGGCCACCCCGUUGGACAAGUUGAUGGAUAUGUUCAAGAAGUUCCCCAAGGAGGAUAUGAAGGCUUAAACCGCUGAUGAGGUGGAAGAAUGGGAGAAUAACAAGCAGGAUCUGUGCACUGCACUUGUAUGAAUAAUGAUAAUGAUGUGAUGAAUUGAAGAAACAUACAAACAAUGGAUUGGGUGCCUGGGAGCAAUAAAUAAGGUAUGAAUGAA